AUGUCCGGCCCUGGUCACCAUCGCUCACCUGGUGCAGAUCCAGGCCUGACCCCGUCAACACUUGCAUCCUCGCAAACCCAAGACGCCGCCGUCGCCGCCGCUGCCGACCACACAAGCCAGCGUUACAAUUUCUAUACUCAUCCGUCCCGCAUCUCGAUCCUCGACGGUACUGGCAACUUGACUGUCGAUCCGGCCGCCUUUCUUCCCUGCUCUCCCGGGCAGCUGACUUCAGUCAUGGACGAUUCGGCCGCUACCAACAGCUCCGUCAACUGGCUCCCCAGCGCCCACUCACAACCAUCCUUUUCAAGAGCAUUUGACCUUUUCUACAAUUGCAAUUCAAGUGAACCCUCUGAGGACGGCGACAAUUCCUUCUUCGUCCCCUCCUACCUCCGGUCGUCGUCGUACAUGCACAUACUACAAGAAGCACACCGAUCACGCAGACACUCGAGGCGAGAGCAAAGGCGAAAUGGUACACUUUCCUCUAGCAACGGCUUCUCCUCUGACUUUCUGCCCGCGGGCUCACAUCACGGGCUGUCCCACACUGUCGUUGAGCGUGGCGCCCCGUCUGAGAAUAGGGAUGGCCUUGCCCCGCUGCCGACGCGAUGGAACACUAAGGAUAUGAGCGGCAGCAUCGAUGUACAUUCUGAAGGACUAGGCGUCAGGUGCAUGGAAGAUAAGGACCGCGAGCACGAAUCUCUGGGUAUCCGAGCCGAUCAUCACAUGCCCUUGCAGUGUGGUAUUUAUUAUUUCGAAGUCCAGAUCCUGUCUGCCCGCCGCGAUGACAUCCAUAUUGGUAUCGGCUUCUCCACCACGUCAGCCUCCACGGCUAGACCUGUUGGCUGGGAGCCGGAAUCAUGGGGCUACCACGCCGACGAUGGCCGAUGCUUUGCUGGGAACAAUGUCGGGCGGCCUUUUGGGCCUAAAUUUGGUGCCGGUGAUGUCGUAGGCUGUGGGGUAAACUUUCGUGAUAGGACAGCCUUUUUCACCAGAAACGGCCUAAAAAUAGGUACUGCUUUUCACGACGUUACCGCCACCAAGACCAAAUUAUUUCCUGCUGUUAGCCUGAGGAAGGCCGGUGAGCAUGUGCUUGUCAACUUCGGGCAGACACCGUUUGUAUAUAACAUCGACGACAUGAUGAGGUCCGCCGACACCUCGAAAAUCGAACCGGGGCUCUGCGAAACGGACCUGAUCCAAGCUCUGGUGAUGCAGUUCCUGCAACAUGACGGCUACAUAGAGACGGCGCGCGCAUUUGCAGAGGAUUUGAAGGUCCAGAACGAAGCAUUGAGCUCAGACACGGGAUCCCCCUUCAGAAGCAUAAACAUUCGCGACGACGAAGAUGCCAACAACCGGCAACGAAUUCGGAGAGCAAUUCUUGAAGGAGAUGUCGAUCGGGCCCUGAAGCUUACAAACGCAUACUAUCCGCUCGUUUUACAAGAACACGAAGGCGUCUACUUCAAGCUGCGCUGCCGCAAGUUUAUCGAGAUGGUCCGUAAGGCGGCCCAGCUCAACAUGGCGGCAGAUGCUGGAGAGAACGGCGGCGCUCAAGAUAUGGAUAUUGAUGCUAACGGCGAUGGCGAUGGCUACGAGUGGCCCGACGCGCCGGUCGCGCAAAAUGAGAGGGAGGUGCAAGACCUGGAACAGGACAUGUUGGAGUACGGUCAAGCCCUGCAAGGAGAAUACGCGGAAGAUUCCCGCAAGGAAGUGGGCAAGGUUUUGGACGAAAUUUGGUCCCUAAUUGCCUAUCGCAACCCUCUCAGGGAGCCCCAAGUCAGUCACUUGUUGGCGCGCAAGGGACGAGUUGUCGUGGCGGAGGAGCUCAACUCUGCUAUUCUCUCUUCUCUAGGUAAAUCGUCUCGGGCGGCGCUAGAAAAGCUAUAUGCGCAGACGAGCGUGCUUCUGGAUGACCUGCGGCAAGAUGGUGGCGACGGAGCGUUCAUAUCUGUCGGGGAUGUAACAAGUAUGAUCCAUGCAGAGAACGAUGUUUAG